AUGUCAGCUGCCAAUGACACCAGAUUGAACUAUGCCGUGUUCCUUCUUAGCGGGAUACCUGGGCAGGAAGACGUCUAUCUCUGGAUCUCUGUUCCCUUCUGCUUCAUGUAUGUUAUUUCAACGUUAGGUAAUUCAGUCAUUCUGUUCAUUAUAAAAACAGACCCAAGUCUCCAUGAGCCCAUGUACAUUUUCCUUUCCAUGUUGGCCCUCACAGACCUUGGCUAUUUGAUAGCCACCAUGCCGACAAUACUGGGCGUGUACUUGUUUAACUCCAGGGAGAUCAACCUCAAUGCCUGUUUAGCCCAGUUGUACUUCAUUGCUGUGCUUCAAGGCACAGAAUCUGCUGUGCUCUUAUUGAUGGCCAUUGACCGCUUCAUCGCCAUCUGUAACCCUCUGAGAUACGCUUCCAUCUUAACCUUGCCGAGAGUAGCCAAGAUGGGGCUGGUGAGUGUCCUAAGAGGAGUGACUCUAGUACUCCCACUGCCUUUUCUUCUGAAACGGUUCCAAUACUGUCGAAACAAUGUCCUCUCCAGUUCCUAUUGCCUGCACCAGGACGUCAUGAAUUUGGCUUGUUCAGAUGUCAGAAUCAACAGCAUCUAUGGCUUGUUCAUUAAAAUCUUAACAAUGGGGUUGGACGCUCUGCUCAUCUUCCUGUCCUAUGUGAUGAUCAUCAAAACAGUGCUGAGCAUCGCGUCCCGCAUGGAAACCCUCACGGCCCUGAACACCUGCGUCUCCCACCUGUGUGCUGUCCUGCUCUUCUACACACCUGCCAUCAGCAUCUCUGUGAUAAACAGAUUUGGGAACAGUUCUUCUCCCUUGCUUCAGGUUCUCCUGGGCUACGUCUCGCUGCUGAUCCCACCCCUGAUGAACCCGAUCGUGUACAGUGUGAAAAGCAAACACCUGUGCGCGAGGAUCAUCAAAGUGUUCAUCAAGUGA